UUUGCAACUAUCAUCAUCAAAACAACAAAGAGAAAAAACAGAGCAAGAAAGAAAAAAUAAUGGGUGUUGCAGCUUCAACUUCAACAAUAACAACACCAGAAUCAUCGACAACACCAGAAGCUAAAAUUUCAGGCAUUUUCAUAUACCCAAUUAAGUCAUGUCGUGGAAUUUCUCUUUCUCAUUCUCCACUCACUCCUUCUGGACUUAGAUGGGAUAGACAGUGGGUGGUUGUGAAUUCAAAAGGAAGAGCAUGUACUCAAAGAGUUGAACCAAAACUUGCUUUGGUUGAAAUUGAACUUCCACCUGAAGCUUUUCUUGAACAUUGGGAACCUACCACUGAUUCCUUUAUGGUGUUGAAAGCACCUGGAAUGGAACCUCUCAAAGUUUGUUUGAACAAACAGUAUGAAGUAGCAGAUGAUAUUACCGUGUGGGAAUGGACUGGUUCUGCUUGGGACGAGGGAGCCGAAGCAUCACAGUGGUUCUCGGAUUAUUUAGGAAAUCCGACUAAACUGGUCCGCUUCAAUACUGCUACGGAAGUUAGAAAAGUAGAUCCUGAUUAUGUUGAGGAACAGCACCAAACCUUCUUCAGUGAUGGUUAUCCGUUCUUACUCGUAUCUCAGGAAUCGCUGGAUGCACUAAACAAGCUUCUAGAAGAACCUAUACCUAUGAAUCGUUUCAGACCCAAUAUACUUGUUGAAGGUUGUGAACCAUAUUCUGAAGACCUAUGGAGAGAUAUCAAGAUAAGCAGGUUUUCAUUUAAGGGUGUCAAGUUGUGCGCCCGUUGUAAGGUGCCGACAAUCAAUCAAGAAACAGCAAUAGGAGGAUCUGAACCAACUGAAACUAUGAUGAAAUUUAGGUCUGGCCAAGUCAUAAGACCAAAUGAUAAAAACAAAAACAAGGUUUACUUUGGUCAGAAUAUAGUUUGGAAUUGGAGGGACUCUUCUGCUAAAGGAGAUGGAAAAGUGCUUAAAUUGGGAGAUCCUGUUUAUGUUAACAAAAAGGUUUCUUCUUCAGCAGAAGCAGCAGCUUAAAAGGAUACAAUGACACAAACUUUAUCAAUUAUGAGUAUAAGUUGCUUUAAAUGCCCUUUCAUUUGGGAAUAAUUUUCUGAAUAUUCUUUUAGAAGUGUACUUUGUGUAUGAUUACUAAAGUGUUUAAAUAGACCACUUUAUGCUUAAUUAAAGGGUUGAAUAAGACUAUAUAAAUGAUUACACAAGAUAAAAUUAUAUUUACAACAAUUUUUAA